AUGAGGGUGGAGGGGUUUGUCGAAAGGGAGUCGACGUAUCUUUCGUUCUGUUUUCUUGUUGUGCCGAAGAAAGGUAGAUCUUGAGACGUAUGGAAGACAAGGUAGAGGCAAUGAGGAGACGGAGGGGGAUGGUUGAGAAAGCUGAAUGGCUCGACGGUUGGAAGCGAAGGAAGAGACGUAGGAGGGGUUUAGAAGUGGUCGACGUAUGGUUCGUGAUUCGUUUCUGUUGUGACCAAGGCAGGACAAUGUUGAGGAGGGUUUGGACGACAGGAACGAGACGGAGGGGGGACUUGGGAGUUGAGAAAGGGUCGACGUAUGGUUCGUGAUUCUUUUCUGUUGUGACGAAGGCAGGCCAAUGUUGAGGAACGAGACGGAGGUCGGACUUCGGGGGGGGGGGUUGAGAAAGGAUCGACGUAUGGUUCAUGGUUCGGAAAGUUUUGUUGUCGUGAGGAGGAGAGGUAAAUGUGUGGACGGGUGGAAGAGAGGGCAAAAAGAAACGGAGGGGAUGGAAGGGGUCGACGUGUGGUUCGCGAUUGUUUUUUCUGUCGUCUUGUGACGAAGGCAGAUGUUGAAGCGGUUGGGAGACAGGAAAGAGACCGACGGAGGUGGGACUUGUAGUAGCGGAAAAUGCCACCGAUGCCUGAGGGAAGCGAUGAGACGGAAGAGGUAAGGUGAUGGAAUGGAAGCGGUUGACGGCUAAAGAACAGUCGUCCGAGAUGGGGAUGGCUAUGGGAAUCUACGGCAGCUUUUUCCUACUUCCCUCGGUGGAAUGGGUAGCAAUUCAAAUUUUGCAACUCGAGCGUGUUUGUGUGAAGCGUCUAACGAUCUUUGGCAGAGGGUUCUGACGGAGAGGUGAAGGUGAGAGGAGAUGUUGAUUCAGUGGGUGGUAUGCGUAUGUACAUUUUAUUCGCGGGCGUAUAGGAAGAGAAGGCAAUCGGCUAGCUACGACUGUUCUAUAGAUGUUUACGGAGUGCUGGGCGUUUGUGUAGUGUGUCUUAUAGAAUAGUUGUGUAGAGUGUUGCUUUGGCUGAUUGCGUCGUAUGCUCGUUCCAGCACUUCUACAGAAUGGAAUGAGCUCUCCUCUGUGUGUGUGUGUGUGUGUGUGGUUAACUUGCUGGUCGCCCGCCUAUUCUGUGGGGUGCGUGAAGAGGAUCAUUGAUUGAUUGCUCUCAUCCUUGUGUCCUGCGUUAUGGAUAGAGGAUGCCAGAUAUGUUCUUGGCGAAUGAAUUUAUGAUCAGGGGGCAAUCUUAAGGUGCUUGUGUUCGAAUUCUUUUGUCUAUUUGUAACGAAAUCUCGUGCUUUAAGCUCUCUCUAUCGAGUAUGGACAAGUCGAGUGACCGCUCGACGGGCGGACGAGAAACUUGCUGCAACAGGUUUUCAUCUGAAGGGUCGGGUUCUAUCUCCCGGUGGCAGAGGAGGUGCUGAAAGAAGUCUUCAUCUGAAGGUUUUCGGAAGUAAGUCGAGUAGGAGAGUUGUACCUCGGGAGGAGGCAGAGGUGCUGACACAAGCCUUCAUCGGAAGCUUUUGUGAAGUAGUGCGAGGAGGAGACGGGGAGGAGAGCCGAAGUGAGUGAGUGUGUUAGUAUUUCGAACGGAAAUGACUUGAAGCAGCGUCGUCCGUUACGAUUGUGUAAAAAUGUAUGUAGGUCGGUCGAUAGGGCCCACCGACCGGUCGUCGUCGCAGGUUACGACGUCUCACGAUGUAGGAUAUAGUUAUCGCACCUGUGAUUGAUUAAUUGGUUGGGAUUGAUCGAUUGAUUGAUUGAUUGAUUGAUUGCUGCUGCGUUUGACUAUGCCGCUCCUCGAGUCUUUCGAGGGUAAAUGCGAGCCAGUGAGAAAGCGAGCGAACGGACGUGUGCAUGCGAAACACGUCGUCCUCGUUGAUUUUAUUCAUUCGUUGAGCAUUAUGGCUCACGUGGUUUGUUCGUUCCUCCUCAAUUGUUUGAGAAGUAUUCUUCUUCGGGUACAAAUUGUAGCCGCCAUUUUGGCUACGACAUUUAACUAGGCAGGGGGACUUGGUGGUCACUGGGUCGUGACUCAAUCUGAGUGCGGAAAAGCGCAACGAGAAGACCCACCUCAUCAGCACAGGGAUCUCUGCUCUGUAUAUUAUGCAAUUGCAUGCCGCAACCCCCCGAUUGAGGUCAGGCUGCGCCUCGGACAGAGACAGAGUCCUUCCACUUGUGUGUGAAUUAUGACGAAGAACGUGGCGGCGGAGCCCGUGGCGGCGUCUCAGGGGAUCACUAUGCGACCAGCGAUGGUCCUUGCUCUCCGACGAACAUCAUGUCUAUAUAUUUGUACAGGCCACGACCGACCCGCGAGCGUGAAUCUUUCAAGGAUCGGCUUAUUUUGCUGCUGGCCUAUAAUGCAAAUCGCAUCGUUGACUCUUCCCUGGAAGCUCUUUUGGAAAUCGAUGAUGACACAUCUUUCGAGGAGAGUUGGGAGAGGGAGGAUGAUCUUGCGCCGACGAGAAUGCAAGAAAUCGGAGGUCUAGCGGCGAUUGGAAUUCGUCUUUUCUUCUCUUAUUUGUGUGGCUGUGUGGUCGAGUGUGCUGCUUUUGCGCGGGUGUGGGAGUCGGGCGGAGUGUGCAAGCAAGAGAGAUAGAUGUAGGUUGUUCUUUGGGGGGGGGGGGGUACUGCGUGCAGUUUACAGAUGUUCGUUGCUCGAGCGUGUGUAGAAAUAAGACAGCGAAGAAGUAUAUCGGAGAAAGAUUGCAGACGGGAUUGAGAGAGUGGUGUAGGCAGCGUAUGCGCGGGAAGGGGACGUCGGUUGAUUUUGCCCAGGACGGAGGAAGGAGACCUGGCGGUGGUUGGUUUUCUUCGCGCUUGGUGUCAUCUCGCUUCAUUGGCGUCGACACGAGUUCAAACAGAAAUUGUUCAAGAUGGAUGGCACCGACUGACUUUUGACUUGUGCUUGCUAACCUCACCGGAUUUGAGUUAUUUGGGUUUUGAGUCUUUUGACUAAAUCUUUAGUGUCAGAGUGUUGCCAGUGUUCACGUAUAACUUCGAUUUCGGAGGGCGUUCAAAAGGAGGAGGAGGCUCUUUUCGUUCUUACUUACCUGCGUGCGACCAGUGUUUUCGAAGACGGGGAAGUCGCUCGAAGCCUUCUUCUCGGUUCGUUGUAUUUUUUCCUACACUCAAAUUGUUUUUGUCCGUCGGUUUGUUCCAGGACCCGAAGCGUCGGUGUUCUUGUCCGUCGGUUUGUUCCAGGACCCGAAGCGUCGGUGCCAUCGGUCUGUCUGUUGGACAAAUCGGCGCAUUGUUGUAUUGCUAAUUUCUAGGGUUUUUUUUUUCAAUUUCUUUUGGUGUAAUCCGGUUUUUCGAGCAUGGUAGAGAGAUGUAGAAGUAGAGAUACACACACACAGACGCACAGAGAGAGAGAGAGAGAGAGAGAGCCCUGAGGAGUGGGGGUCGGGCACCCCGAUUAGGGAGGGAAUCACCGCUGAAGGAAUGGUUCCUUCGCUGCUCGGCAACGUGGAAAUCGCCGGCGGCUGAUUCGGGGAGUCUUUUGAUUGGUAAAAGAAAUUGGUGGCGGUGGGCUUUGGGAGAAGCUAACACAUGUUUCUUCUGGGUCUGUCGGUGGGACUGUGAAACGGAAGACAGGGACGAUGGUCUGGAGGCAAUUUCCUCGUUCAAAUAGAUUAGGUUAAUGGGGGUAUGGAAGAGUUGGUCACCUUGAGCAGACCGGAACGGCCGCCGUCUAUGGUCUCAGCUGCCUGAUUGGCGGCCCUGGAACUGUGUAGAGGUGGAGAAGUAGCUAGCCAUUUGAAGUCGUACAUCAUUCUUUUCCGUUCGAAAGCCGGUUUUUUUUUUUUUUUUUUUUUUUUUUUUUUUUUUUUUUUUUUUUUUUUUUUUUCUCUUUCCAUUUUUUACGAUUUUACCCAAUUCUGGCUGCCAACUCGAUUUGUGGAGUAGUCGACGGUGGGGGAUAUUAUCAAUUGAGAUUACCUUUUUCAAAUU